CUCAAUCGAUUUUAGGGUGGAUCUGCUGGAUAAUUUAUUAUGUUUUUGUUUAGAAAGAAAUUAAAUGAAUUACUUAAUUAAUAUAUGUGAAAAUGGGGACUCAAAAACCAGGAGAAUGGGCGAACACCCUCAUUGUAAGAUUCGAAGAACAAUUGCCAUAUAAAACUGGUGCUCAGAAUCUCCACUCUCGAAUAAAUGAGGAGCAAUGCAAGGCGUGUUUGGUGCAGAUCAGCCGACACAGGUUUUCCCUUGUUAUAUCUGGCCUCACAAAAAUACUUCAGAGAGUUAAUGAAUUGUACCAGCCCACCCUAGCAACAUGUGUAACUCGGCCUCUAACAGAAAUAGAAAAGGGUUAUCAUGAUAGCUUGGUAAUAGUUCUAGACACAUUAGAAAUAUGCCUCAGUUCACAGCCCAAAGAUACAGCCAAGUAUGAGGAGGCAAUGAAUGUUAAGAUAUUGUUGAGGGAAGUCUGUCAGUUUAUAGAUAUAAAAAAUGAAGCAAACAUCCACAAUACACUAUUACGUCAACUGGGCAGCAAAGUAUUAUUUGCAUUAAGCUUGAAUUUCUUUAACGCUGUCUUUAAUAGAAUCAGCGCUAGAUUACAGGAACUUGCAACUAGCUCAGAUGAAAACCCCGACUAUAUUGAUAUAGAACUGAUACAACACAUUAAUAUUGAUAUAUUGAGGCUUAUACGGCUUUUUACAGAAUGUAUUCAAAAGUUCAAAUUAUUAAGAAAAUACACGCCGACAGUGUUGGUUAUGUCGCUCGAGAAAGCAGUAUGGAAUUGGAUGGAUACAUAUCCUCAAGAAUUUCUUCGCAUACAAUCACGGCCUAACGAAGAGUUAAGUAGAUGUUGUGAUACACUAUUCGAUAUAUUACAAGAUAGUUAUUCGGAGAAUAAGAAGACCCGGGCUGCGAUGUGGCCUCUCCAGAUUAUGUUGCUGAUUUUGAACCCUAAAGUUUUAGAGGAAAUCGUGAAUGCGGAUAGUGGCGCCCCCUGCAGUCCACGACAUUCUAAGAAGAAACACUUUAUUGAUGCUGUCAAACGGGGAUUGAGUCCACAGAACAACUCUAAACAGAUGACGGAAGCAGCCGUUCUCACUUGUGUCAAACUUUGCAAAGCUUCCACUUACAUUAAUAUAUCGGAUUCUGGGAAUGUCACUUUUGUACUUGUCAAAUCUGUCAUCAAUGACCUGAAGACGCUACUGUUCAACCCCUCGAAAGCCUUCUUCCGAAGCAAUUACAACACGAGUUAUUCGGAUUUAGACCUAAUGACGGAUUGCUUUGUCUCGCUGUUCCGAAUUAUGCCGCAUACAAAUGACGCAAUGAAAGUCUGCCUUAAUUUGAACAGCAAUAGUUUCUACCAUUCGGUUAUAGUCAACUCGCUGUUGAGGAUAAUAAACCAGCCACGCCUACCCUGGUGGCCCCAAAUAGAGUUGCUAUAUCCUCGCGCUGCGGAGUUGCGUACAAUGUUCACGGAUACCUUGAAUAAGGCAACACAGGGAUAUAUUGCACAUACGCCAUUACGAAUGAUAUCAUUGUCAUUGAAGCCCAAGGAGAGUAAAAUAGAAGAAAUACCAAUGUACAAAACAUUGCUAUUGUAUUUGGUGAAGCUGAUACACGCAGAUCCGAUGCUGAUGCUGAGUAACCCGGGACGUUCAGGUGUGGAGAUACAGUCAGCGACCACUGAGCUUAUUAACGGUUUAGUAUCAUUAGUACAUCACACCGACAUGGGGGAAAUAUCGCAGGAAGCGAUGGACGCGUUACUGUCACUGCAUAAACCUGAUAUGGUAACGAUGUGGAACCCUGAAGCACCCCUCAACACUUUUUGGGAUAUAAGCUCUCAAGUAGUCUACAGUAUCAGUCAAAAGCUCAUACAACGUCAAAUAAGCAAUUACAGAGAAGUGUUGCGUUGGCUUCGGGACGUACUCAUCUGCAGAAACGAGUUUUUAUCAAAGCACAAGGAGUAUGCCAAUGUUGGUUCUCAGAUUCCGAUUUGCAAACAGGCGCAUAUUAAGUUGGAGGUGGUAUUUCUCAUGUGUCUCUGGUCCAUCGACUCGGAAGCGGUUCUAGUAGCGAUGUCCUGUUUCGCCUUGCUCUGUCGUGAAGCGGAUAUAAGGUGUGGUGCGGAUGACUUGUCCACGCACUGCCUGCUGCCCAAUUACACAGUCUUCCAGGAGAUAGCUCAGACCUCUACGGUUUUGACGACGUCCUCUAAGGAUACCGGAACUCGUUAUCCCAAUAAUAUAUAUAAUACAGCCUCCCUUCAAAAAAGGAUAAUGGCGUUGCUAAGGAAAAUUGAACACUGCGUGAACGGUAUACAACCUGUUUGGGAGGAAACGUUUCGAUGUUGGGAUUCCCUGUGCAAGUUACUCCAGAAGUAUCCCAAAGGGUUUGGGAUGAUGGAGGAUGGAACCGAACCACUCCAUAGAGCCAAAAGGCGUGUCUCACAUCACACGAGCGCGGAACAUGACUUCGAGAUGCAAAUACAGGAGUGGGCAAAUAUAACGUCAUUUUUGUGCGCCUUGGGUGGCGUGUGCUUACAACGAAAACCUACUACUGUAUGGGCACUUGGUCAAGAUUCAAGAAAAUAUCAUGUAUUAGCAAAUAGUACGCAAGAAGUACAAUACUGUCCUGUCACUCAAUUUAUUGGCCAACUUCUCCGUCUCCUACUGUGCAAUAACGAACGCUUCGCAGCUCACAUACAAUGCCACGUCAAAGAACUGGUUGGGAAGGAAAUGUCUCCAGCACUCUAUCCCAUACUGUUUGAUCAAAUUAAGGCAAUUGUUGAUAAGUUUUUCGAUCAACAGCAACAGGUGGUUUUAACGGAAAUGAACACCCAAUUCGUAGAGCAUACGAUAUUUAUAAUGAAGAGUAUUCUCGAUAAUAACAAUGGUAGCAAAGGGGUGGGGCAGCCUGAGCAUCUCAGUAGUACGUCUAUUGAGGGAUUAAUGCUGGCCAUUGUGAGGUACGUCCGUCACUUGGACAUGACAGUCCUUUCGGUGCAUAUAAAGACGAAGCUGUGCCAAGUUGUCGAAGCCAUGAUGAAGAGGCGAGAUGACUUAUCAUUCAGACAGGAAAUGAAAUUUCGUAACAAAAUGGUGGAGUAUGUGACUGAUUGGGUUUUGGGAACGAGCCAUCAGAUCGCACCACCUUUGAGGGCUGAUGCUUCGUCUAUUACAAGGCAUGUGAUGUGUCCCAGAGAGCUGGACCAGGCCUGUAUGGAGGCUGUGGCUGCCUUGCUCAAAGGCCUGCCUCUGCAGCCCGAGGAGUCCGACAGAGGUGACCUCAUGGAAGCCAAAAGUCAGCUGUUUCUCAAAUAUUUUACCCUAUUUAUGAACCUACUAAACGACUGCAAUGAAGUGGAGAUAACGGAGGGUCCCGGUCGACUGGACACUUUAAGGAAAGCUACGAUUCAAGCGAUGUCCAAUUUACUCAGCGCUAACAUUGAUUCGGGGCUGAUGCAUAGUAUUGAUCUUGGCUACCAUCGUGACUUGCAGACACGAGCAGCAUUCAUGGAAGUACUUACCAAGAUACUCCAGCAGGGCACGGAGUUCGAUACAUUGGCGGAAACAGUAUUGGCUGAUAGAUUUGAACAGUUGGUGCAGCUCGUCACUAUGAUAUCAGAUAAGGGUGAACUACCAAUAGCCAUGGCGCUGGCCAGUGUCGUCAGUACGUCGCAAAUGGAUGAAUUAGCCAAGGUGUUCGUAACUUUGUUUGACGCUAAACACCUCCUCGCGCCUUUGCUGUGGAAUAUAUUCUAUCGGGAAGUUGAGGUAUCGGAUUGUAUGCAAACACUAUUCCGAGGAAAUUCUCUUGGCAGCAAGAUUAUGGCGUUUUGCUUUAAGAUAUACGGACAUAAUUACCUACAUAAUUUGUUGGAGCCUAUCAUUAGUUCAUUGUUGAAACAGCCUGAGUUGAGUUUUGAAGUGGACCCAGCUAGAUUAGACCCAAGCGAAGAUAUAGACGUUAAUCGAGCCAAUUUAAUAGAAUUGACAAAAGAGGUUUUUGAACAAAUCGUGAACUGUGCGGAUAUGUUCCCGCCACAACUUAGGAGCAUGUGUCAUUGUUUGUACCAGGUUCUGAAUAAGCGAUUCUCACAAUUCCCCCACACGAGUGUCGGUGCCGUCGGUACUGUUCUGUUCCUGAGAUUUAUCAACCCCGCUAUUGUAUCACCUCAAGAAAUGGGCAUAGUCUUUCGCCCCAUACCUAUGCAAAUCAAGCGUGGCCUGAUGCUAAUGUCUAAAAUACUGCAGAAUAUUGCGAAUCACGUGGAAUUCUCAAAGGAACAACAUAUGUUGCCAUUUAACGAUUUCCUAAGAGCACACUUCGAGACGGGACGCAAGUUUUUCAUACAAAUAGCCUCCGACUGUGAGAGCGUAGAGCAAGCUGCUCAUAGUUUAUCGUUUAUAAGUGACGCGAAUGUGUUGGCAUUACAUAGGUUAUUGUGGAACCACCAAGAGAGGAUUGGAGAUUAUUUGUCCAGUAGCAGAGAUCAUAAGGCGGUUGGACGGCGGCCGUUUGAUAAGAUGGCGACACUUCUAGCUUAUUUGGGUCCGCCGGAACAUAAACCUGUUGAAUCCACAUCAAGUCUUCUUUUCUCUUCCUACGCCCGCUGGUCUUCCAUAGAUAUGUCUUCUACCAACUUCGAAGAGUUCAUUGUGAAACAUAACAUGCACCAAAAAGAAGAGUUCAAAAGUAUCAAAAGUUUAAAUAUCUUCUACCAAGCCGGCACCAGCAAAUUGGGCAAUCCAGUCUUCUAUUUUAUUUCUAGAAGAUACAAGAUCGGAGAAGUAAACGCGGAUCUUCUGAUCUACCACGUGAUUUUGACCCUGAAGCGGUUCUGCCAACAACCCUUCGAGCUGAUCAUCGACUUCACUCACACCAACUCCGAUAACAGGUUCAGAACGGAUUUCCUCCAAAAGUGGUUUACAGUGCUCCCAGAAGUAGCCUACACGAAUAUACAGGCAUGCUAUAUAUACAACUGCAACAGCUGGGUUCGGGAGUAUACCAAGUUCCAUGAAACUAUUUUGGCGCCGCUUAGGGGUAACCGAAAACUUUUAUUCAUAGACAACCACGCUCGUCUAUGCGACUAUAUUGACUCGGAACAGCAAAAACUUCCCGGAGCGACUUUGGCCCUUGAGGAGGACCUCAAAGUGUUUAAUAAUGCCCUCAAGCUAUCGCAUAAGGAUACUAAAGUCGCUAUUAAGGUGGGUCCCACAGCGUUGCAAAUAACAUCAGUGGAGAAGACCAAGGUGUUAGGAUUUCCAGUGUUAUUGAAUGAUGUGUACUAUGCGUCAGAAAUUGAUGAGGUAUGCUUGGUGGAUGAUAACCAAUUCUCAUUAUCAAUAGUAAACGAAGCCACUCCACUCAGCUUCAUACACAACGAUUGUGAUAAUAUCGUACAGUCCAUCAUUCAUAUACGAAAUAGAUGGGAGCUUAGUCAACCGCAAGAUUCGGUGACGGUACAUCAGAAAAUACGGCCCAAAGAUGUGCCUGGGACUUUAUUAAAUAUGGCCUUAUUGAACUUAGGGUCGUGUGAUCCGAACCUACGCACCGCUGCGUACAAUCAGCUGUGUGCGUUGACCGCAACAUUUCAUCUUAAAAUCGAGGGACAGCUGUUGGAGACAUCAGGAUUAUGUAUACCAUCAAAUAACACUAUAUUUAUUAAGUCUGUGAGUGAGAAAUUAGCUCACAACGAGCCUCAUUUGACGCUGGAGUUCCUAGAAGAGUGUAUUCAGGGAUUCCGUGGCUCAACAAUAGAACUGAAGCAUUUAUGUCUGGAGUAUAUGACCCCGUGGCUUGCUAAUUUAGUCAAAUUCUGCAAACCCACUGAAGAGUCGAGACGUCAGAAGCAAGUGGCCCAAAUUUUGGAAAAAUUGAUAGAACUAACCAUAGAAGAAACUGAAAUGUAUCCAUCUGUUCAGGCGAAAAUAUGGGGCUCAAUUGGACAUGUGCCAGAACUUAUAGAUAUGGUCCUGGAUAGCUUUAUACAGAGGAGUGUGGACUCAGGUCUUGGAUCACCCAUGAUAGAGAUAAUGGCAGACACAGCUGUCGCGUUGGCCUCCGCCAAUGUUCAGCUCGUCUCAAAGAAAGUUAUUGGGCGAAUGUGUAGGGCUUUAACGAAACUACCAAAUAAUAUAUUGGGUCCAAUCACUCCAGCUACUGUCGUAGACAAAACAUGUCAUUCGCCGACUGCAAUGUUGGAACAGCACAUGAUGUGGGACGAUAUUGCAAUCCUAGCGAGAUAUUUGUUGAUGCUCUCCUUCAACAACUGCUUGGACGUAGCCCGUCACUUGCCCUACUUGUUCCACACGGUGACCUUCCUCGUGUGUUCUGGCACCGUGUCAAUGCGAGCAGCUACUCACGGACUUGUUAUCAAUAUUAUACAUUCUCUAUGCACCUGUCAAUCUCCUACUUUUUCAGAGGAGACCCAACGGCUCCUUAUGCUGUCACUGGAUGAGUUUGCGCUUCCAAAGUUCUAUAAAAUGUUUGGAAUAUCAAAAGUGAAAUCCGCUGCCGUCACCGCUUUUAGGAGCCCAUAUCAUCGUCACACUGGUGAUUGGUAUUCCGAACACUCAUACGGCUGCAGCCAAUCUUCAUGCAUUAUGGGUCCAAUCAUGGUGACAUCGGUGACUGACAGGGAGAGAUUACCACUUCAGUCUUUAGAAACCAUCACCGAUGCCUUAUUGGAGAUAAUGGAGGCUUGUAUGCGAGAUAUACCUGGCUGUGAUUGGUUGAAAACUUGGACCUCCCUGGCGAGAAGUUUUGCGUUCUGCUUCAAUCCAGCACUACAGCCAAGAGCACUCAUAGUUUUCGGCUGCAUCAGUAAACACGUAACAGACGACGAUAUGAAGCAACUCCUGCGUAUUCUAGUAAAAGCCUUGGAGUCUUUCAACGAUAUGGCUCUUCUGGAGGCGAUUAUCAUGUGCCUAACGAGACUACAACCGCUGUUGGAUUCGGAAUCUCCCAUCCACAAAGCUCUCUUCUGGGUGUCCGUGUCUGUUCUGCAAUUGGAUGAGCCGACUUUGUACGCAGCGGGACUGUCCUUGCUCGAGCAGAAUUUGCAUACAUUGGACUCGCAGGGUCAUUUCGAGAUUAAGACGCUACAACAAGUGUUGAUGGAGACACGAGAGCCCCUCGAGUGGCAUUUCAAACAAUUAGACCAUGCCGUCGGUUUGAGUUUCCGGUCCAAUUUCCAUUUCGCCCUCGUGGGUCACCUGGUGAAGGGGUACCGUCAUCCCGCACCAGCCACUGUAUCUCGCACCGCGAGGGUUUUGUGUGCGUUGCUGGCGUUGGCUGCGAAACCUGACAGGGAUAAGUUCAAGGCAACGCAGCAUACUGUGGCAUAUCUCACAGCUCUAGUCUGUGUAAGCGAAGAGGUCCGAUCUCGAUGCCCAGUGAAGCACUCGCUACCACAAUGGCUGCCUGACAACUGCGACCAUUAUUGUCCGGCCGCUGAUCAUUGCCAGUCGUCGAUAUUAACACAAGGUCGUGGUUCUUCGUCGUCCAGCCACAGCCGACGUCAGAAAUCCUGGGAUAUGUUGGAACAAACGAUUGCUUAUGGCGGCAAAUCACCAACAGUGGCCUCAUCAAGUAAUGGUGGCCAAAGUCCACAUCCAUCAAAUAUAUCGCAUCAGUCAGCUAGAAUGCGCUUCAAAACGCAAAGAUCGUUCUCCGUGCCUACAGCUAAAGAGACCAUUAAACCGCCUAGGGAUAGUGAAGGCCGGGCGCAUAGCGUUCAACACGGAGCUACGGGUGAUGCGGCCAGGGAGAGCACGGAUGAUACACCAGACGUUGAUGAAGAUGGGCGUGAAUCUCAGGGUAGCUUAGAUGGAUCUGAACGACCUGCCUCUACCAAAUCUGGGGACAGCUUUCCCACCGAUGAAAAGCAAUCAUCUACAGAAAAGAACGGAACAGAGUACAACAGUCUUCUGGAUCCUUCCGUGCUGUCAGACUUCACUACGCAAGCGUUGGUUCUGACAGUUCUCGCUACAUUAGUUAAAUAUACGUCAGAGGAAGAUGAGAUAAGAAUCCUGUACCAAUACUUAGCUGAAGGCUCCAUUGUGUUUCCGAAAGUGUUUCCUGUCAUUCAUAGCCUGUUGGAUAUGAAGAUCAAUCAUGUCCUCAUGCACUGCAGUGACCAAGUCAUAUUGAGCGCAGUACAAUGUAUCAUUCAGAACAUGAUAGCGUCUGAAGAUGCGAGUCAGCAGCAGUUGCAUUAUAUGCAGAGUUGUGGCUUCGGCGGUCUUUGGAGAUUUGCCGGGCCUUUUACUAAGAACCAAUGCACAGCAGAAAGUAGCGAGCUGUUCGUGAACUGCUUAGAGGCAAUGGUUGAGACUUGCCUUCCGGGAGAUGAACCCCGCGUGAGGACACCGCCGCCUGACCCCGACCGAGCAGACACCGAAAGAUGUUUACUCGGUGGACUUCGACCUUCGACCAUCUACUGUCCAGGUCAAGAACCCUAGCGUUUACAAAAUGAGGACACGACUCCUAAAUGGCCUGAACGCAAGCAUCGCAGAGCACCGUACAAAAUAAUAUUCAAUAGACUUUAUUAUUUCCUACCUAAGUUUCGGUUUAGACGGUAACAUUGACACUAAGUCAGCAGACAGAGCUCUUUCUUUUGCUAUUUAAAACAUCUGUACGAUAAUCCCCCGUAUAACGCGGUAGACCCGGACCGCGUUAAAGGAAAAUCGUGCUAGCAAUUCAAAAACUUGCAACUCGAAUUUAAUAAAGUUAUUUAGUUUUAUAACAACACAAUUGAAACUAAUUAUGGACUUGAUAAAUCAUUAUAAAUUUCUUCAUAAAUGUAACCUAAGAAAUCUCCGCGUUAUAGCGGGGCCAUACCGCGUUAUAUUGGGGACGGAAAUGGCGUUAUACGAAAACGUGUCACAAAAAUUUAAUCAUACCAUAUAAUUUGUGAGCGAUUUGACCUCCACCACCACGAAUGGAGCAAGUGCUUUGAUUUAAAUGCCUUUGACCACAGAUCACGUGACUCGGUCAUUUAUCAAACUGUAUAUUGGAAUCUAAACGGUUUCUCUAUGAUAGACUUUAAUAUCACGUGAGCAGUAUUAGCCUAGUGGCUUCAGCGUGCGUCUCUCAUUCCUGAGGUCGUAGGUUCGAUCCACGGCUGUGCACCAAUAGACUUUCUGUCUAUGUGCGCAUUUAACAUUCGCUCGAACGGUGAAGGAAAAGACCGUGAGGAAACCGGCUUACCUUAGCCCAAAGGAGGCUGAUAUAAUUGCCUAUUAUAUUAACAAAUAAUCAUGAAACAGAUACCGAAAUCUGAGGCCCAGACCUAAAAAUGUAACGCCACUCAUGUAUUUAUUUUUAAUUAUUAUCACGUGACGGGCCAGUAAGUUUUCUAAAAGUGGGUGGAUUGGUGGCAUCAUGACCCAUCUAAACAGCUCUUAUAUUAUUAUUUAUUACUUUAUUACAGCAUUUUAUGAUGAUGGGGCGAUCUUUACGCACCCAAUAAAAUGUUUAGAUACAAAUUACUGUAGAUCUGAGAUAUUGAAAAACACACCUUAACACAAAGUAAAUAGGAUUGUUAUCAAAUUCAUGUGUACGUAUACGUACGUGGAUGUUGUAAAGCAAUAUUUGGGGAAUACAAUUUAAUGUGAGAUUAAACAAAAAAGGACAUCUCGUGACGUAGUUACGAACUAAACAUUAGUUGCGUUUCAAAAUAAAUAUAGAAAUGUCUUUUCGUAUAUUAAUUAAUUUGUAUUUUGGAGUAGUAAUUAUAUCGUACAAACUAUGUUAUGGAUUAAGAUCCCACCGCUUUAUUAGCUGUUUUUUUUUAAAUGAAAUUAAUGUUAAAUGUAUCAAUGGAUUAGCUAUAGGCCUAUAGAAAAUAAGCCGCACUUAAUUUUUGUAUAAUUUGCUGAUAUAUGUUUUUUUCGUCAAUGUUAUAUCAUUUUAAAGGAGUAUUGAAAUGGUUGGCAGCUCUCAGUCAGCAAAGUUAGGGUUACCAGGUGUAAACAGAGUAUAAUUUUGUUAAUUAACUAGUGAUAUGUUUUUAUAAAAUGAACAAUCCAUGGUUGCCAGUUAAAUAUUGGCCAGCAGAGGUUGCUAUAAACGAUUCCCGAUGCAGGUAAAAGCAAACGCUCCCGCAAAAGAAAAGAACAGAUUGCUACGUGCUUCAACAACUUUUUUAAAAUACAAAACUGGACAGACGUUUGGCCACAAUCCCACCUGUGAGUGAGAUGCGGCCUAUUGGAGGGCACGCUUGUCCAGGAGAUGCCUAUUUAACCAAACUAAACUAGUACUGUAGUCUAGUAUUUUUGACGUGACAACGUCUAAUUAAUAGAUGAACGCCGCCUGCACGCACGAACAAACAUGACUAAUUGUCCCGUUACACUCAUUGUCCCGUUACGCUUAUUGUACGCUUGCGCCGCAUCUAUCUCUUCCACUCAAUUGGCCU